AUGGCCGAAAGACUUCAGAACCACAGAUUUCAAGACACUUUUCCUCAGUUAUCUCCUUCUGAUUUCCUCUGGGAAAAAAUGCAAGGGCUCUUCUUUGUCCUGGUGAUGUGCACAGCGGGCGCCUCUACUUUCAGACUCCAGCAAGUCAAAAGCACAGAAAACUGCCCAGAUCACACCGUGUUUUUUAAACACUACUAUGAAUUGCAUGGAGAACCAGUGGUUCUGAAAUGCCCUUCCCCCACAUACAAACAUUUGGAUUUUUCUGCCUUGACCCCUAAUAUCACAUGGUAUAAAAAUGGUUCAAAAGCCAUGAUAUCAGGAAGAGAUGAAGAUCCGAGAAUCUGGACAAAAGGAGAUGCACUCUGGUUUUUACCAGCAAUGCUAGAAGACUCAGGAGUAUAUAUCUGCACCAGAAGGAACUCCUCCUACUGCGCCGAGGUCUCCAUUCACCUCACGGUUGUGGAGAAAACAGCUGCUCGGGAGAUUGCCUAUCUCCAGGUCCUCUUCACUUUCACCUCUGGGAAGAUCGUUUGCCCUGACCUGUGGGAUUUUACACUGAAUAGGACAAGCCUGGAGCUCAAGUGGUACAAGGAUGGCCUGCCUCUGGAAGACGACAAUGAAAAAUUCACAAUACUGAAAGGUUCGACUUCUCUGAUCAUGACUUCUGUGCUACCAACAGACACUGGCUAUUACACCUGCAAGACAUCGUUUCCAUAUGAAGGUGUAACAUAUGAAAUCACCAGAACAAUUCACCUGGAGACA